GCAGUUCUCCUCUCUACACGUUCUGUGGUGAAAUCGCACAGCUAGUGUAGUUCUCUAACCCAGGGCUGUACGGAACUCCAGCGGUAAUGAAAGACCAACUGCGAGGAAGCAGAGCAUAUUCAAGAUAGCGUGUCGGUAAAGAACCAGCCAGACAAAAUGUCCUGGACAAACGGACUCCUCACCAGCUGCCUUGUGCUCGCCAGCCUGCUGUUCAGUUCAGAGGCAGUGCCGAUCAGUGUAGACAAGACUAAAGUGAAGGUACCGGAGGAGACGGUGCAGGAGCCACCCCAGAGUGUGGACACUGGACUGCAUUAUGACCGCUACCUCAGGGAAGUUAUCGACUUUCUCGAAAAAGACCAGCAUUUUAGAGAAAAGCUGCACAACACAGACAUGGAGGAUAUAAAGCAAGGGAAGCUGGCUAAAGAACUGGACUUCGUCAGCCAUCAUGUGAGAACUAAGCUGGAUGAAUUGAAAAGGCAGGAGGUGAGCCGGCUGAGGACGCUGAUCAAAGCUAAACAAGACAUCGAAGGAGGCAACGAUAUGGCUGUGGACCACCAGGCCUUACUGAAGCAGUUUGAGUAUCUAAACCACAUGAACCCUCACACGUUUGAGGUGGAGGAUCUGGACAGACUCAUCAAAUCGGCUACAAAGGAUUUGGAGAAUUUUGACAAGGAGCGACAUGAAGAGUUCAAGAGGUAUGAAAUGAUGAAAGAGCACGAGCGUCGAGAGCACCUGAAGACGCUGGACGAGGAGGGCAGGAAGAAGGAAGAGGAGCACUAUGAGGAGAUGAAGAAGAAGCACGCUGAUCACCCCAAAGUCAAUCACCCAGGCAGUCAGGAUCAGCUGAAAGAGGUUUGGGAGGAAGCAGAUGGUCUUGACCCAGAAGAUUUUGACCCAAAAACUUUCUUCAACCUUCAUGAUACGAAUGGAGAUGGAUUCUUUGAUGAGCAAGAGUUGGAGGCCCUGUUUACUAAAGAGUUGGAGAAGAUCUAUGAUCCUACGAAUGAGGAGGACGACAUGGUGGAGAUGGAGGAAGAGAGGCUGCGAAUGAGAGAGCACGUCAUGAAUGAGGUUGAUGCCAACAAGGACAGACUGGUGUCCUUAGAUGAGUUCUUGAUUGCUACAAAGAAAAAGGAAUUUCUAGAGCCAGAUAGCUGGGAGACUCUGGAGCAGAACCAGGCCUACACGGAGGAGGAGAUGCGGGAGUUUGAGGAGCACCUAGCCAAGCAGGAGGAGGACCUAAACCUGAAAGCCGUUGAUCUGCAGAAGCAGCGUGAAGAGCUGGAGAGACAACAGGAGCAGCUCAACGCCCAGAAAAUCCAACUCCAACAGGCUGUAGAGCACAUGGAACGAUUAAAAAAGACAGAGCAACCAUCUGAAGUUCAUGUUGAAGGCAAUGCUGUUCCAGAGGUACUUCAGCAUGACCAGGCCCUGCUCACUGAACACCAGCCAGCCCCUCCAGACCAAGAACACCCUGCAGCUCAGAAUGACAUUGCCCAGCAAGAUCUAAGUCAAGGCCACCCAAACCAGUCCCAGGACGGUCAGCCGCUGCCUCAUGAUCCCAACUCGGUCCAUGGUGCCCCAUAGGCGCCCUAGACCACAGACAGGUAGUGUGGGCCUUGACUGUAUAGAUUAACAUGCCUGCCACCACACUUAGAGACACGAACCGUUCAUACCUCCUCUCCAGUGUCGGGAGUCAGUGGAAAACAACAGCCCGAGUCCACCUGUGAUCUAUAGAUUUCUCGGUUUUAGAGGCUGCUUCUCUCAGAAGUGUUGUAAUAUGAUCGAUGCUAAGUUCUCUGAAGAAGUUGAAUACAAUUCAUAAUUUCUUUCCAUAAUGUUUUUCUCAUAUGGUUGACAUUAUUUGGCCUAUCGUUAUGGAAUGGUAUCUGUGUGGUUUGUUUUGCACAUUAAUUUGUACUUUAUUUUUAUUUCUAAAAUUUUAAACGCCACUGUAAAAACAACGAAAACAAACAUUGUGGUUUGGGAAGUAAAUAUAAUAAUGUUUUACAUGGUGGGUGAUGUUUAUUCUGGUCUUCAUAUUAGGACUGUCCUGAAAUUUGUAGACCAGUGCAGCUUUAAAGUACACUGAAAACAAGGCUAGCCUGCAGGGAGAACAUUAGGUGUAAGGUCCAGGUAUUUCAAUAAAGAAUGCAAUUUUGGGAGAAACUUUUGGGAUGAUUUUAUAUGUACACAUUUUAAAGGAUUUUUGCCAGCUUUUAGCAUUUUUAAAAGGGCUACUUUUCCAGAUAUAUUAAUUCAGCAAUUGGACAAGAGAACAAUGUAACUGGGCAUUUCUAAUGCACUAUUAAAUCCAAUCUGUCUUCAGAAAAAUAGCCCAUAGAAAUCAAGUGGCAAGAACUUUUGUGUUUUAUCGCAAUCAGAGUUGUUUAGUAAUUGUAGUGAAUCAGGCCAUCAUAGAGACAUAAUAAUGCAGGUUUUGCCGGUUAAUAUGAAAGUAAUAGUCAGAAAUAGUGGGCCAGUAUUCUGUACACAGAUUAAGGAAGGGUUUUCAGUGUAACAUAGUCUAAGACAAGAUAAGGAGUUGUAGUAGAUUUCCACUGGUGGAACAAUUUAAUCUAAAAAAACAAACAAGCUUAAUUUGUAUCUGGAAACUGUCCUGUAAACAAUUCUCAGACUAUAGUCCGAAGUAUACAAACACAAUGCGGAUGACACACCUGUACUUUAGACUGUACACAGUUCUGUUGACAAAGAAAUCCAGAAUCUAUUUUGUUGUAAAUUCCAGUUAUUUUAUCUUACCUGCUUUGUGGAGGAGCAACAUAAUCAUUGUAUUCAAGCCAUUUACAGUGUGCGCCCACUGCAAGGCGCAUCAUAGUAUUCUUGUGUUUGCACAAAAUGAGUAAUUUAUCUAUUGUUUUAUCUACUGGUUACGUAGAACUUUGCGUGCUAUUCUGAAGAUAUUAAAGUGGUUGAGGCAUUCCA